AUCACUCUCGUGCCACCGCACUACCUGCUCAGCUGAAAUACUGUGAUAUCAGACGAUUAAAGUGUUAAACGAACGUUACAGUCAGUGAUCGUUUUGCUUCUUCUGGAAGAUGUUUGCGUAUAUUUCUGUGCUGGUUAGUGUGUUGUUUUUGGCAACAGUGCACUGCAACAACAAUUCAUGGUUUACAAGAGAACACAUUAGAGACAUUCAUGAAAUACAAGACACAAAGGGAUUACGAUACAAGAAAGAAGCGGCAGCACAGAACACACCACCGUUUGAAAACGACAAAGAUGGUUUAUUGCCCGAGUUUCCGCACAUCGUUUCGAUUGUUCCUGAAAGGGGGCGAACUUUAUGCCUAGGCGUGUUGAUUUCAGUAAGUUUUGUACUUGCUCCUGGAAAUUGUCUUUCUUCACAAAACAACCAAUUGUUUGUAAUAAUCGACGGAGAACGAUUGAACAUCUCGAAGAAAAUUGUGCACCCUAUGUACAGUUCACGCAGCACGUUGUAUGAUAUUGGUUUGUUGAAGAUCGACAUAAAUGAUGACAUAAAAAGUAACAUUCAACCGGCAUGUCUAUGGCUGGAAGAUAAAUUAAGCUUCUCUAAGAUAACUUUAGUUGGAGCACGUGCAUCAGGGCCUUUAAAGCAGACAGCGAGUAUUAAUGUACAGAAUGCAGAAACUUGUAAACCAUACUACGAUUAUGCUUUCUCUUCUCAAGGACAGUCUCUUGUAGAUCAUCAGAUGUGUGUUUUCUAUGACUUCGAAGAACAUUGGAAGUGGAGAAUAAAGAUAAUCUACAUGGAUAUUAUUUCCGAUAACUUCAUUGUUCCUUUUGUGAUUGGAAUUCCAUCGUUUUUUGUAAUCGGCGAUUCACAAAAAUUUGAUGUUUUCGUCAAACUGUCCAAAUUCGGCGAAUGGAUUACGGAAACAAUGCGUGGAGAAGGUGAAGAAAUUUCAUUUGAGCUAACGGAAUGCAUCAAACGGCAUUCAAAUGAGCGUCGUAAAAUUAAUGGUAUGACGAAAUUCAUACCAGGCAAUACUCGCGAUUUCAUGGUAAUGAUUUACGAAAGUCCGGAUAAAUCCAAGGAAUGUGCAGGAGCAUUGAUAGAAAAAGAUAUCGUAAUCACGUUGGCACAGUGUGCAAGCAAUUUGAAGUUACAUUCUUCUAGAGUCAUGUUCUUCUCAAGGAAGACCAUUGCUAUCCGAGAUAUCAUUAUACAUCCUGACUACAUGGAAAAUUCUGUCUACAAUAAUAUCGCAAUUUUAAAGCUCGAAUCUGAGGCACCGUUUAUUCAUGCACAAUUAGAACCGUAUUAUUUUAAGGAUCAUAACGUAUUUUUGAACUGCCGUAAAAACGUCGAAUACAAUGAUUUCAGCUCCUUUUAUUACUUUUCCGUAAAUGAACUUUCCGUGCUGUUCAGUUACGAAUGUAACCCAUCUGUGGAGCAACGUAUUCGACUUUCAAAAGGGUUAUUGCCGGAACAUAUGUGCAUACGCAACGAACAAACAAUUGAUACGAAUAGCUGCGUGACAAAGCCUGGUUCACCGAUAUAUUGGGUUAAUGGCGAUACAAAUAAUUUGCUGGGGUUGUAUAUGAAUGGCGAAAAUUGUACCAUCGGAGAACAAGCCAUCAUUAUUUAUGUAUAUGCUCACAUGAAUUGGAUCGACUCGGUUAUUAACUCCAGAUAGAAUGUUUGUGUGCAGACGGUACGAUGGGUACAUGCGUUAGACAAACGAUGUGCAGACGAAUGAAAAGCGACUGGCCGAUUUUGAACAACAACAGAGAAACGUCGUUUUUUGUCCUUUGUAUAACAUAACAUAUGCUCAAAUCGUGUUUUUAUGUUUUCGGGAAAAUAUAUGUUUUUUCCAACUCUUAUAAUUUAAGUACAAUGGACAAAUAAAAAUUGAAAACAACGAUAUUCUAUUAACAUAAAUUUAAAAUAUAACAUUGUGUCGAUGCUGCGGACGAUCUACCCUGCAAUUCAACUCCAUUAAUUGCUGCGAAAUAUUUUAGAGUAAAACAAACCUCCAGAACGUCAUUAGGGGGUAGCCGUUCUUCGCUGAAGACUCCGACGGUGAUGAAGGCCGCAUCAGAUGACGAAGCGUCUUGGUCGCCCAAUUGAACAUUACUUGGACAGGCGUACGGGGGCCCAGCUCUGGAUUCGUCAUGCGAUGCCUUCUGUACUCGAAUCUACCUCAAGCUCGGCCUGGCCUUUCGAUUGGGAAUGAAACGCUGCAGUUGAUGUGUUCAAUGCCUUUAUCGUCACAGAACGUGCUGGCCACUUCUGUUUUUUUUAAAUAUCUUCUUCUUCUUUGGCUCAACAACCGAUGUCGGUCAAGGCCUGCCUGUACCCACUUGUGGGCCUGGCUUUCAGUGACUAAUUGAUUCCCCCCCCAUAGCAGGAUAGUCAGUCCUACAUAUGGCAGCGCGGUCUAUUUGGGAAUUGAACCCAUGACGGGUAUGUUGUUAAGUCGUACGAAUUGACGACUGUUUUUAAUAUCACCCUUUUAAAAUGUGUUGCCGAGAUCAACACUUACAAUUUUGCUAAGAGUAGCACUGUAGGAUAUUAGCGAAGCACCUAACGAUAAUUUUAUCUAAAAAUCAUCAUUAUGGUGGAAAAUAUUAGUUAUUUUACGUAGGGUAACUGUACCAGUUUUCGGCAGUGUACCUAUUUUCGGCAGGGUAGCUAAAAACGUGAAAUUCUGCACAAAUGCGGUAAAAAAUUUCACAAAAUACAAUUUUGUAGUGAAAGUGUACUUAUUUGAUAUUCACAUACGAAGUUUCACACCAUUUCAUUACGUAUUUUCCAAAAUAUCAAAUCAAUUGUGCUUUUUUCGGCAGCUUUGCUGUCAGCCAAUCGUUCGGCAGGUUUUGUGAUUAAGAGAAUCAGAACAGUAAAACAAUGAAAAAGUGGUGUAUAUUAUAGAUUUUAUGCUUAUUUAAUUUAUACUAACUUGUUCGGAAUUUUAAAAUCACGAUAAACAGGUUAUUUUUCAGUUUAAAUGCUGCCGAAAAUAGGUACACAGUAAAUGUUCAUUUUUGACAGCUCAAUGUUGUGGGCUCCUGCCGAAACUCGUAACAAAAACACACUUUGAAUUUGGCUGAAUAUCCAUUUUAAAAUUGAUCAGAACACUACAAUGCGUAUGUCAACACAUAAUAUGACCUUUCUUGUACCAAAUAUCACCAAUUUUACGACAAAAAAUGCACUAACUUAAGAGAAAAAUAAAUAUUUGUAAGCCAAUUCGCACCGUACGCUAUAACCAUCAAACUGUCAAUGGCUGCUCUGUUUAAACGUCGCAUCAAGAUGGCUGUAAAAACGGGCCAAAAUAAGCAACAUAAAAUUAAUAAUUAAAGUGCUUUUUAACACCAAUCUUAGGAAAGUAAGAGUGUUAAAUUGCUUUAAACAUUUUUUGUACAUAUUCACAUUGAUACAAACAUUUUCUGACCCGUAUUCGCGCUGCCGAAAAUAGGAACACAGCCUGCCGAAAACAGGAACAAACUGCCGAAAAUAGGAGCAAAAUCAAUGUUUGCAUUUUCACGAAUAUUUUUGAAAAACGGCUUUGAACCGGCAAAUAAAAAAUAUUGUAACAUACUAUGAUAGUUUAUCAACCAGAAUAACAACACUUCCAAGAAAAAUAAUAAAAAAUAUUGAUGUGUGAGCAAUUUUUGUGAAACUGCUGCAAUAGCCUGCCGAAAACUGGUACAGUUACCCUAUUCACAUAAAUAUUUACCGACAUUUUAUCGAAAAUAUGACUUUUUUCCUUACGGGAAGGAAGGAAAAGAGGGACACGUUAAGGAAAAUGGCAAAAAUCUAGUUAUGUAUAUGCAAUGCUAGGAACAUGAGAAUAUGCAUACAUUAUCUUACACUCAUGUUUUAUCAGAAAUGCGUUGAUACUUUUAUGUUUCUAUCUAUUUUUGUGUUUUUUCAUGAUUUAAAAACAUGUUUUUCUCGUGCAGUUUUGAAAUGUUCGGGUAAGACGGAUGAAGGUUUAUAGAAUUCUAUCAUAUUCUACUGCUUUCAACGACCUGGUACGUAUAUAAACCAAUUCGCGUUUCAUUCAUUGGUUAAUUAAGGAAUUGAAAGCGCCACUCAUAACACCUUGAAUAAUGCAGAAUCUAAAGUAUUAUUGAAAUAUCGCGCACAAACAGCUGACGUUGCUCGAGUUUACAGAACAACAGACUAAAAUUUCCGUUUAGGAAAUUACUACGCGAA